CUUUUACUCCUCCUUUUCAUGCGCCUCAGCUUUCUCUUUCCUAUAUUUUCCUCUCUCUCUCUCUCUCUCUCUCUCUCUCUAAAAUUUUCUCAGCUUCUGGCAUGCAACAACACUACUAUGAACUACAUCUCUAUGGGAUUUUCAUGUGAGGAUGAUUUUGACGGAAAGGAAGGCGAAGCUCCACUUUUAUAUGAAACGAGGGAGAAUCAACACAGAAGCAGCAGGUGCAUGAAUGUUCAUAAUCCUGACCAUCAUAUGCAGGUUGAAGUCGACGUCGAGUUUUGGCCGGUGGAACAUCCUCUUGAGCCACCUGAUGAGGAUCGCCCUGUCAAAUGCCCGAUGCCCGACUCUUCUGUCAUUAAUAUUGAUUUUGUCUCACGUAAAAUGCAUUUACAGGGAGGAGGGAGGAAGGAAAAAAGGCUUUCAGAGAGCAAUAGCAUGCGUAAGAGGACAGAAGCAUCAUCUGCGCCUGGAGCAGCUUAUAGCAAUCAAGGAUUAAUGAAUCAGACGGUAGCGGCAGUGGCAACGCCACCUCCUGUUCGAGCAGUGCGUAAAAGGCACCACCACACACUCACCCGCGGCGACCAUAUGAUAUCACCUCUGAGAAGGAUGCCACCUCUUCCUUCUCUCCCAACGCAGAGCAUCACCGUCUUUCAAAUGCUCCAGCAGUUCGACAAGUUCGACUCUUGAACGAAAUUAAACCCAGCUUUCGUUUUUAUUCAGUGAUGAGAAGAUCCUCUUGAUAUCACAUAUGUUGUAGCUUCUAGUUAGCCCAAGCUUGGACUAUUUAUGAUUUCAUUGACACGUUCAUAGAAUCGUCUAGUUUUUCUCACUUAUUUUAGGAAAAGUGAUUUUCGCACA